UUUCACAUCACUAGCCCAACAGCUGAUUGUACACAAAACAAGACAACAGUUGAAGGAAUUUCUUAAUUGCAAUUCGAAUCAGAUAUUUUAUUAAAACCCCCACAAUGCACCGAUCCCACCCGAGUAUCAGUCGUCGCAAGCACCUCAUGAAGGAGAUGAUGGAGGACGACUACGCCCUGCCCACGGAAACACAGCAAAUCGCACGGGUCAUCAGCAGCCGGGGAAACAAUCUCCACGAGGUGGAGACCGUGGAGGAGAGCUUCCUGGUUUCGAUGCCCAAUAAAUUUCGCAAAAGCAUGUGGGUAAAACGAGGCGACUAUCUGCUGGUCGAACCGAUUGAAGAGGGCGAUAAAGUCAAGGCCGAGAUUUGCAAAAUACUCACCCCCGAACAUAUAAAGGAGUACACAAAAGCUGGCAUUUGGCCGGAUAAAUUCACUAAAAAACCUGUCCCGGAGGAAGGCACCAGCCAAAACAAAGACGAUUCCGAUUUCGAGGAUGAUCUCCUGCCCAAUACCAAUCGUCCUGUAAAUCGGGAUUCCUCCGACGAAGAGGAAGAUGAGGAAACAUCCAGCGAAGAGGACUAAACGACGUACAAAUACAUAGAUAGGAUAUUUAAAAAUUUGUCAAACUGAAUUAAAAAAAAAACUGUUUGUUAAAGGUGAAGUUCUGUUUUUUUUUUAUGGAGUCGCAAUCUUUAAAAGUUAUUCCCGUAAUCAAGAACACCUUUUGUGCUUUACAAAAAGAUUGUAUUUACUAUUUUUUUCAUACUAUUGUUUAGUCUUUCACCAUCUCUACAUCUCAGGAAUGUAACAAAAUAAUGUGUCUGUGAAUGCUAGUGCUACUUCUAAGUUCUCGUAACCGAUCUACAAUUUUUGCAAAAGCUACACAAAAGCCUACAAAAAGAAUAAAUAAGCGCUGAGAUCGACCCUUAAA